CUGUGCGUGAGAAAAGUAUUGUUGACUGUUGUACUUGUUAUGAGCAAGUUUUGUCAACAGUUUCAAUUAUUGUGAUAUUCUUGUUUCGAGUCACAACUCCAAACAAAAUUGUCAAAUCAUAACCCUUUAUAAACAGUAAAAUCCAUGACUGAUCAGUUAAAGUCAAUUCUAUUACUGCGAUUUCUGCUAACUACGUUUAAAUAAUAAUCCAUCAUCUGCAUUCAGCGUCCAGACGAUGGUUGGACGUACUGCAAAGAGGUCAUCGGAUGACUGCGUUUUUGCCGACACCAAGAAGAAGAAAAUUUCUAGAGAAAAAUUAGAAGCGGAAGUGGCGGUACCCAAUGAAAAAUCAUCCGCACAUUGCAAUGGGGAUUUAAGGCAAAAAAAGGCAUUUUUUGCCUAUUUCGGUAAAUCGUUUGAUGACGGCAAAAAUAGUAGUACCAGCUGCAAUGGCAGUAACAAAAAAACUUCCGACGUCCACAACAAUGUGACAAAACCAAUCCCCAUCACUAAAACCAUUCGUGAUAAUAAUUCAAAAACACCAGUCAUCAACGUAAAUAAGAAAAUCAUUGAACUGCCCACUGAUGCUGUUUGUAUAAUUAAGAGGAAUGCCAAUUUGUCUUAUAUCAGCAGUUUUGUAGAAGAAUUAGGAUGUUUUCCUAAAAUCACGCAUACUAACCAUUUAUCAUCUUUAAAGUCUUCAGAUUCUAUCCUUAAUUUGAAGGAAGAAGUAUUUCAUGAGAAUUGUAUUAAAAACUCUAUUCUUACAUUCCAAACUGUCCUCUCCCUGCCAAACCGUCUAGUAUUAGAACCUUACCAAAUGGAAAUUAAUUUUCCACUCAUGAUAUCAUCUAUAAAAACAUCUGUACCAAAUUUUCCAGUUUCAGAUUGUCAUAAGAGUUUGAAGAAAAAAUAUUUAAUGGCAAAGAAAUCUGCUGCAGAUAUUGAAUCCAUGUGGAUUGAUAAAUAUAAACCAAUAUGCAAGGAAGAAGUGCUUGGGAAUAGUAAACUUGUUAAGGAUUUGAAAAAUUGGUUAACCCCUAAUAAGAAUAAUUUAAAAAAAUCAAAAAAUGGUCAAAAAUAUUAUGAUGAUGAUGACUUUAUCUUUGAUAGUGAUAGUGAAUCUAGUUGUAAACAACAACGAAACUUAGCAAUUUUAAUUGGACCAAGUGGCUGUGGUAAAACUAGUGCAGUUUAUGCUGUAGCCAAUGAACUCAAUGCAAAUGUGAUAGAGUUGAAUGCUUCCUGUAACAGAAAUGGAAAACGUAUAAUUACUGAUUUAAUGGAAGCUACACAAUCACAUGCAGUAGAAAAAAACAGUUUAUUUAAUCUAAUAAAAGAAAAAAAGGUAAAAAUCAAAAACCGGAAAAAAAAAGAAAAAGUGAAUGAAAAAAUGACAAUUAUUUUAAUUGAAGAUGCUGAUAUACUCUUUGAAAAUUAUGAUGAUGGGUUUUUAUCAGCAAUAUCAACUUUAGCCACAGAUUCAAAGAGACCACUAGUUUUAACAGCAAAUGAUCCUUUUAGUAAUCAUUUGUUAAAAUUUUUCUUAUCCAAUGAAAUAACUCUACAUUUUAUACACCCACUCAAAGAACAUUUAAAUUGUUUUCUACAGUUAAUAGCUCUAAAUGAAGGAGUCAUUAUGACAAAAGACGAAAUAAAUGCAUUUAUUCAUCCAUAUAAACCUGACAUUAGGCAAAGUACUCUUCAAUUACAAUAUGUUUUGAGUACUGGAGAGAUAAAUCAGAAAACCCUUAAUAAUCAUUCCCCAAUGAGUUUAAAUUCUAUUUGGUGGAAUUGGCCGCAUAUAAUUGGUUGUCCCUCAACUAACAUCAAAGAUAAUAAACAACCAAAGUGCAAUGUUGAUAUAGCAACGAUAUCUCAAAAUUUAGAUAUUAUGUCAAAAUUAAACUCUAUGUAUUCAAAAACGCAGAGCUAUAAUUUUUUAGACCCACAACCAUUUUGGCAUCACCUUGCCACAAGAGACAGUUCUUGUUUAAUUGAACCUCAUCAUUGGUUCGACAGUUCUGAUCAACUUUCCAUAGAUAUUGCUCAAUGGACAUACAAACAUAUUAAUAAACAAAAUUAUGUUCCAGAAAAACUUUACCCCACAUCUGAGGAAUUAAAGCAUCGUCAAAGGAUAUGGGAUGCAUCUAAGGACGUUCUACAACAAAUAGGCUUAGAUUAUUGUAAUCGCAAAAAUGAAACGUGCUAUGAUUAUUUAUCUGUUAUACGAUCUAUAUAUCAAAAUCAACAUAUAAGUCAAUCAUUUGUAAACCUUAGGAAUUCAAAAAUGUUUUCAUAUUUAAGACAGAUUAAUAUUGAUGUAAACACUAAAGAUUUAAAGUAUUUGUGUGACUCUUUUCACUCCAGUUCCAAUAACUGUGAUCCCCAGUUGGAAAUAUCUGACCCGUUUUAGUUGAUAUAUAUCUGAUAGUUUUGGUAUAAAAUAUUUUUAAUUAUUUAUUACUUUUGUAUUAUAUUGAUUCGAUAAAAUUGAUCUAUCAGUACUUACAUUAUUUUAUAUAUAUUUAUAUAUAAAAAAUGUUUCUACAUGUAUUGAUCGUUAGUAAUUAGUUUAUCUUACAUUUAAUCAUGUUUUAGAUUCUUAAAUAU